AUGUGCGGCUCCUCUUCCUCAUCUCCUGCUGCGUCGUUCGAGCGUUUGUGGGGAUGGUUUGGGCAAGAUGUACACGGGCGGAGGUGGAGGCCGUGGUUCCAGCAGCCCGUGAGGCGCGGGAGCACUGCGAUCACGCUCGAUACGGACGGCAAGUUUGCGAGGUUCGGGGUCGGCAACACGGGCGUCGCCAAGCAGAAGGGGAGGCAGCAGUUGCCUCCAAAGAAGAAGAUGUCGAGGAAGGCCAAGGUCAACCAGCUCAAGUGGUACCGCCUCAAGGCCAAGAAGAAGAUGAAGUCACCCAACCCCGAAGUUAGGAUCAGAUACAAGCUUGAAAAGGCUAAGAGGAAGGAGGAAUGGUUGAUUGAGAAGCUGAGGAAGUAUGAGGUCCCGAGGACACCGGAGCCAGUUCAUGACCCUGAGAUUCUUACUGAGGAGGAGAAGUUUUAUCUCAAGCGAACUGGGGAGAAGAAGAAGAAUUAUGUUCCUGUUGGGAGGAGAGGGGUUUUUGGUGGUGUGGUUCUCAACAUGCACCUCCAUUGGAAGAAUCAUGAGACCGUGAAGGUGGUUUGCAAGCCUUGUCGGCCUGGCCAAGUUUACGAGUAUGCUGAGGAAUUGACAAGGCUCAGCAAAGGCACAGUCAUUGAUAUUAAACCCAAUAAUACAAUUAUCUUUUAUCGGGGGAAGAACUAUGUGCAACCAAAGGUGAUGUCACCUCCUGAUACACUUUCAAAGCAGAAGGCCUUAGAGAAAUAUAGAUAUCUACAAUCCCUUGAGCAUACCAGCCAGUUUAUUGAGAAGCUGGAGAAGGAGCUUGAAGAUUACAAGAAGCAUGUUGCUUUAUUCAAGAACCGUACUGGGAAGAUGGGCAUGUGCAGGACAAUAAUGGCUUUAAGGAUUGGCUUGAUAGAAAAAAGGGUUUCCUUUCCAGAAAGACCUGACAUGAAGUCUGUAGUGCUUAAAGAGCAACCAUUCUUAUUGCAGAGCUGCUUGAGCUCAUCAAUCGGAUGGCCUGUUGAUUUUCAGAAGCAAAAAGACAGCUUCGUCAGAGAUAGAGCUGUAGUCCUACGGGAGUUGCACUUUGCUUCAGAGCACGAGUCUUGCGCUGGGCAACAAGAAAUUCUGGAAAGAGAGAGCCUGCCAAGAGCUGAGACAUCUAUUCAUGGAAUUGUAACAAACAUCGUCAGGUAUGACAUUGAAGAUGAAAAGUUGGCUCCACCCAAGGAUGAUUUGAUGAAUCACAGCCGCAGCAACCCUGCAAAACGGCACAUGGAAGGCACUGAUUGCCACUCGCCACUGCCAAAGAAACUGAAGUACCUUUUGAAAGACGAGAAGCUGAACUGCUAA